AUGGCUGACACUGCAACUAACAGAACUGUGACACAAGCUGAAGAGCAGCGUCCUGCGAGCUUCCUGGCCUUCAUUUCUCACUUCCAAAUAGCUACCAUCUUUUUUUCCAUUAUUGGCUGGGUUCUGUGUAUAGUUGCAGUAGGAUUUGUAAAAUGGAGAGUGUGGCGUGUGGAUAACAGUACUGUCAUUUCUUCUGGGACUGUCUGGAUUGGAAUAUGGGAUGUCUGCUAUACACUUAAAUCUUUUGCCAGGGGUAACUAUGAGCACAUGCGCUGCCAAAAACUCAAUAUCCGGAAUCAUUUUGUUCCCAUAGAAAUUUCCGUUUCCCAAGACCUUCUUGGUUUAGCGACUGUCCUGGAAGCACUAGCUGUAGGAUUUAUCAUCUUUGCUUGGUGGAGUGAUUAUAGUAGGGGACUUAGUAGCAAUUACAUUUUAGCUGUUUUCUUGAUUGGGGUAUUCUUGAACAUCAUUUCAAGUAUUGCUAUCUUAAUUUCAGUAAUCUGGAAUUUAUAUUCCAUAAUGAGUAACAGUCCUAUUAAUUUCCCUCCUAGCUACUUUGUGCCGUCUCCAAAUUUUCAGCACAUUGGGAAUGGUAUUCCCGUAGGGUUUGUAUCUGGUCUGUUAUUGCUGUUGAGUGGUCUCUUAUUACUCUUUGACAGGACUCUUAAAUUAAUCAAUCAGGUCCAUCCUAGAAAGAUAAAAUUUAAUCGGGUAUCAUUUAGCUGGAGUGAAACAAAAUCCAAAGGUUCAAAGGAAAAUCCUUCUGUCAGAUCAAGUCAAACUUAUCCACACUGUGGAUCUUGCUUGCAAAUUGACUUAUGGGGCCCACGGAAAGCCUUUGGCAGGGACAGUUGUUCUGGGACAUAUCCAGAGAGAGGCCCUGUGCUGACGGCAAAACCAAAACCAGGCAAACAAGAAACAUUACCCUCCUUUCAGAUACCUAUUGGACUUUUUCCACGACGACCAACCAGAUUUGGGCAGGGGCAGCAGGCGGUAGCGGAGCCGGGGCCGGGCCCGCGGGGCCGGGAGAGCGCGGAGCUGCCGCUGCCCGCGGGCUGGGAGGAGGCGCGAGACUUCGACGGCCGCAUCUUCUACAUCGACCACAACACGCGGCAGACCUCGUGGAUUGACCCCCGCGACAGAAUUACAAAGCCAUUAACAUUUGCUGACUGUGUUGGCGAUGAGCUUCCUUUAGGAUGGGAAACUGUUUACGAUCAACAGAUCGGAGUUUAUUAUAUGGACCACAUAAAUCAGCUUACACAAAUUGAGGACCCAAGAGAGCAGUGGAGAAGAGAGCAGGAACGCAUGCUAAAGGAAUAUUUAAUUGUUGCCCAAGAGGCACUUAAUGCCAAGAAAGAAAUUUACCAAAUUAAACAGCAGCGUUUUGAGCUGGCUCAAGAAGAGUAUCAGCAUCUGCAUAAAAUGUGUGAGGAUGACAGCCGUUCCUAUGCCAGCUCAUUUUCUGGAUUUUCAACUAAUACCAAGUAUGAUCCAUAUCAGAUUAAAGCAGAAAUAGCAAGCCGUCGUGACAGACUUUCUAGGUUAAAACGAGAGUUGGCACAGAUGAAACAAGAAUUGCAGUAUAAAGAGAGAGGAGUGGAAACAUUGCAAGAAAUUGACCGGAAGAUGUCAAGUGCUCAUACAAACUAUAAACUGGAUGAAGCCCAAGCUAUAAUGAAUGAACUCCGAAGCAUAAAGAAAGCUAUAUGUAUGGGUGAAAAAGAAAGGCAGGACCUCAUGCAGAGCUUGGCUAAGCUAACAGAUGGAUUCCGAAAUAGCUGUUGUAUUACGGACUGUCUGCAGGACCUCCAGCAGAAUUCUAGUUCGCUCAGUGACUCCUGUUUACCUCAACAACACUAUGAUGCUUGUUCUCAAACUGACAUUACUGGAGAGUUUGGUUUGGAUGAUAAAACAAGGCUUGUGGACAAAGUAAGACUGAACUGGCAAUAUGAAGAAGCCAAAAAGAGGGUUUCCAAUAUACAGCAGCAGCUGGCCUUGCUAGAUAAUGAAUCUUGGCCAGGAAUGGCUGAGGCGGACAGGGACCGUCUUCAGCUCAUAAAAGAGAAAGAGGCUCUUCUUCAAGAAUUACAGCUUAUCAGUCAGCAGAGACGAUCUCCAGAAGAUUUAGCACGUUUGGAGGAAGAAAAACGGCGCUUGGAGGAUGAAAUUCAGUGUGCUCGGGCUACUUCUGCUCAUGGAGCCACUGAAAGAAUACUGUUGCAGGAAAAGAGGAACUGUUUGCUUAUGCAGCUGGAAGAAGCAACUCGUUUAACUUCCUACUUACACUCCCAGUUAAAAAGUUUGUCUGCAAGCACCCUCACAAUGUCCUCCGGCAGCAGUAGGGGAUCACUGGCAUCUAGCCGAGGAUCGCUGGCAUCCAGCAGGGGUUCUCUCAGCUCAGUCAGCUUUACGGAUAUCUAUGGCCUUCCACAGUAUGACAAAUCAGAUAAUGUCACAGACUUUGGACAGCAUCUGCGCUUUGACAUAAUUCCAUUUGAAUCUCUCACUAAAGAUGUGCAGUACUCUGAUUCUGUUGGACAUUCUAACUUCAAUAAGCAAAGGAGGUCCUUGGAUACACCUCAGUCUCUGGCAUCCCUAUCCUCACGGUCCUCCUUGUCAUCACUGUCUCCUCCAAGCUCUCCACUAGAUACCCCCUUUCUUUCUGCUUCUCGGGAUUCUCCACUGGCUCAGAUGUGUGAAGGGUUUGAGGAAAUGGCUGGCAUAGGAGCCCUAGAAAUGCUUAGAGCUCAAGCCUCAGCAUUGGGUGAUGAUGAUACACAAGGAACAACUUCAUCUCAGACUCCAAGUUACCCUAUGGACAGUGAAGGAAUGCGAGAAAUGGGGCUACAAUUUGCAAAUAUCCAGACUGGUGGAGCUGUAACUCUACGUGAAGACAGUGCUAGAAGGUCGGAGAGGAGAGCCAGGCGAGUUUCAGCAUGUCUAUCCGAUUAUUCACUGGCUAGUGACAGUGGCGUGUUUGAAGCUUUAAGCAAAAGGAAUGAGGAUGUUGAAGAACUUGUUUAUAGCGAUGCUACCGGUAGUGAAGAGCCACAAAUACAUGUUGGAUUUCUGCAUGAUAGUGAAAGUGAGUGUCUUCUAGUCCAUGUGUUACAGCUGAAGAAUUUUACUGGUCUUGUUGUGAAAGAAGGCUGCAAAAUUCAUGUUAGAGUUUACUUGCCACCGCUGGAGUCAGGCACACCAACUACAUACUGCUCCAGAGUUUUGGAAUUCCGGUCUCCGUUAAUUUUUAAUGAAGUUUUCCAAAUCCCUGUGCCCUCGAGCGUGUUGAAAUUAAAAUCGCUGCAGCUGUAUAUCUGUUCAGUCGACCAUCAGCAACAGGAAGAAUUGUUGGGCAUUGCUCAAAUCAGCCUGGCUGAUUAUGAAAGUUCCAGGGAGAUGCAGCUUCACUGGUACUCUGUCCAGAUAUUCACUGGUUCAGACCCACAAGCGGCAAAGGACAAAAGCCAGUGUGAAGAAAAUACUCCCCGGGGUUCUGGAAAUACAGCUACAGUGAAAACGGAUGCAGUAACGGUCCUUUUAGCAAGGACCACAGCCCAGCUGGAAGCAGUGGAGAGAGAAUUGGCAGAGGAGCGUGUGAAAUUGGAGUACACAGAGGAAGAAAUCCUUGAGAUGGAAAGAAAGGAAGAUCAGGCAGAAGCUAUAUCAGAGAGGAGUUGGCAAGCAGAAUCUGUUGACAGUGGAUGUAGUAAUUGCACACAGACCAGUCCUCCCUAUCCAGAGGCAUGUUGUGGUGACUCACUGCAUGGACAUACAUUUCCAGCUCAAGCAGGCCAGUACAAUUCUGGAAAAGUGCAGCCCCCACCUAUAAAGGUGGAUAAAGAGACGAAUACAGAAGAUCUUUUUCCAGAAGAAGUUGCUGUUCUUCCAAAAGAGAGAAGCAGCCGUAGGCCCCGUGGUUCUGCUUUUGUUCGUAGUAGCACUAUUGUUCGUUCACAAACCUUUUCGCCUGGAGCACGAAGUCAAUACGUGUGCAGACUGUACCGCAGUGACAGUGAUAGUUCAACCCUGCCAAGAAAAUCACCUUUCAUCCGAAAUACAUUGGAAAGGCGUACCUUGCGCUAUAAGCAGCAAUCCUGUAGAUCUUCUUUGGCUGAGCUUAUGGCAAGGACAUCCUUAGACCUGGAGCUGGAUCUCCAGGCAUCCAGAACUAGACAAAGACAGCUGAAUGAGGAGAUAUGUACUUUGAGAGAGUUGAGGCAACGUCUGGAAGAUGCCCAACUCAGAGGGCAGACGGAUCUACCCCACUGGGUGCUUCGGGAUGAGCGAUUCCGAAACUUGCUGAGGGAAGCAGAGAGGCAGACAAGACAGACCAAAUUUGAACAUCAUCAAGAACAAGCAGCUGAAAAAAUGCUGAAGAAAGCAUCCAAAGAAAUAUACCAGCUACGUGGACAAAAUCAGAAGGAGCCUAUUCAGGUGCAGACUUUCAGAGAGAAGAUAGCUUUUUUUACAAGACCAAGGAUAAACAUACCUCCUCUGCCAGCUGAUGAUGUAUGACAUGUUGCAUUGUAAACAUGAAGUAUUUAUCUCUUUUAUUUUAAUGAAGUUAUUACACUAGCUGUUUCUUUAAAACAAAGUUUGUGUAAAAGCUAAUAUACACAUUUUGUAAAAAAUAAAAAAGUAAAAGUAAACAAAAACAUAUAUAUAAAUAUAUAUAUACAUAUAUAUAUUUUAUAAUAGUGACUGCAACAAGGCUUGGUUUUUCCUUGUUGUGAAAUUGACAUCUCUGAAGACAACUUAUUUUAUAAAAGAUCACCUAUCCUGUUUAAGAGAGCGUGUACAGUUUUUAUGCUGUUUUAUUUGACUUAAAGGCUGGAAGACAGAAACAAAGUGAGUUCAGGCAAAUUCACUGUAGUGUAAUUUAUUUAUAGUGUCUUUUUUCCUUGAAGGAAAAUACCUACUUUUAAGAUGUAUUUUAAGACUGAAAUUUUUGUUCUUCAGUAUUUGUCAUACAGUAGAAUGGAACCAUUGAGCUGGUUUUGUUUCUGAUACCUGAAAUGAAAAUACUAUGUUCUAAAUUUUGUCACUUUUAUCAGCUUUACUCUCUGUAUCUUAUUAUGUACAUUAUAUCCUUUAGCACUGUCUGUGUUAUAGAAAAAUAUUAUCUCCUGCAGUGUUUUUAAUACUGAUUAAAAUGCCAGUAAACAUUGCAGAAUUCAUUUGCAUGUUCUUACUGUGCGCUAAUCAAUUGUUUUCAUUUCAGUUGUUUCUAUGUAUCUUUAUAUUCUUGAUUCUCAAUUUAAACGGGGGAAGAAGAAGGGUGGCAGGUCUUUGUUUUUGCUGGUUUUAUAAACAGGGAGCUAAAGGGGGAUUGUAAGUUUGUCAUAUUAAUAUAAUCAUUAAAUGAAUAUAGCAUUUGAACAGUUUUCAAGAUCAUGGCCUGAUGCAGAAAAGCAUUUGAGCCCCAAUUCUGUAAAGCACCUCUCUUCAAGAAGGCUGUCAAAGCACAUGAAUGAGUGCUUUCUUGAAUAGAAAUGCUUCCUAGGAACCAUCUGGCCCUAGAAUAAAGAGCUCACUUGAUUGUCAGUUGGGCCUGCUAGGACUUGGUAAGGAGUAGCUUUACUUGUUACCAAUCGCUUUAAUAUAGGACUGUCACCCUAAAUUCCCGAGAAUGCCAGUUUUGUGUCCUUGCAUCUUGCAAGGAUGUAAAAAUACUUCUUACUAAGCUACUAUAUGCAAUUUCUAAUAUUUUUUUCUAAUUAUAUGUUAACAGCCGAAAAGGGUGCCAUGUUCAAGGCUUAUUCAGCUAAAUUGCUGGAACAACCAGAUCAAAAAUAUAGCUUUCUCUUUGUUAAUGGGAGGGCAUCAGAUCAAAUUUGGCCCUGAAUUUGGGUUUCAUAAAAAAAAUAAAUAAAUAUGCUAGACUGAUGACCAAUAGAAUAUUGUUAUUAUUUUGUUAUACACAAGUCGACAUUCCCUUAAUGUUUGAAACGCGUUCAUUGUAGCAUUCUGUAAUAGCACGAGAACCUGAAAGUCAAACUGAGUCUCUUUUCAUUGCCCAAAAUGAGGCAAAAAGAAAGUGGAACGUAAGUUGUGAUAAAUAUUUUAAAUUAAAAAUGCUAAAUAAGUAAGCAAGUACUACUUGAUUCCAGGGAUGGAAAGUAUAAAAUUAAUUCUGUCCCCUUUUGCCUGGCAUUGUCCAUGAAGUUUGAACCAUCCCAUCAUUUGACUUGCCAAAAAGAGUAUGAAAAAUUGAGGAAUAUUUGGCUUUGUCACAGUAAGAACCCUCAUGUGUCUCUUCUUGGCAGUGGAUUUAGAUAGCUGUGGACUAGGUUCUUGUAUCUAGAUAAGAGAGAUAUGAAAAUGCACAGUACAUCAACUCAAAACAAGUAAAUAAAGACAAUUGAAAGACAUGUCAGUGUUGGGAUAAAAGUCUAAGGACAGCACCUUUUUCAUUGCUCAUUACUUGAAGAGCUCAGUACGCUAGAGGGAAUUCAUGCAUGUUGCUUACAGUGGUUGCCAUUAAAAAUGGCACUGUUUACCAACAGUUGCUAUGCAGUGGUAUCUGAGAUAUCACAAACUUAUUGUAAACUUAGAAUAGGAAAUAAAGGUGAAGUAUCUGAUGGUAUAUCUUGCUCAUUUUACAUGGUGACCACUGUACAGCAUCCGUAUAUUUUGCCAGUCUAAGUUUCUGACUGUUGUAAUAAGUCCUAUUUUGAUGUGGUAAUGAGUCAUCAUAUUCAGUAUUCAUCUCUCUUGUUUUUGUCAUGACUCUGUAUGAUUAUGUCAUUUGUAUUAUUUGAAAAGUAUUUCUUCUACAAAAUAAAAUAAUUUGCCAAAAAUGUGAACAAAUCUUUGUUGAUUACCACCUUAUAAGAUGAUGGUUGAAAUAGUUUACAUUAAGUGUACUGUAAUAAUACCCUUUACAAAGUAAUUUUUGUAUUGUUGAGCAUUGUUGUUUAGUUCAAUGUAGUAAUGUUUCAAAUUAACAGGCAGGAUUAGGGAGCUUGUAAAACCCAAACAGUUUUAACAGAUUAACCUUGAGCCGUGAAAAGGAUGCAGUGCCAGGCAUGGAAAUAUUCUCCCACUACCACUCUAUUGAAAAUAAAGGUGACAUCUAUGCCAGAUGCUCAUAAUUAAGUUAUUUCUGGACUUAUUUUUAUAUAUUUUUUGCUAUGAUGAACAGUUGCCCUUGGAAAAAGGUGUUCAAGAUUUCCCAACUAAGGUUUAAUUUGUAUUUUGCAUAGAUGUGCUGCAGAUGGCUUUUUCAUAUUUCUUCUCGUUUAUGAAUUUACUGCACAGUAGGGUUCUCAAAAUUGCACAAAAUAAAGAUAUAUACCGUUAUAUGAA